AUGCCCAAGGCAACAAAAAAGAAGAACGAAAAGGCGGCAGACUUCAAAAAAGCCAAGCUCAAGCUCGGCAAGGGCAAGAAGGCCGCCGACAAUGCUACCGACACCUCGUUCAAGGCUCGCUCCAUUGCUCUUCCGUCGCAGAAGCAGCUUGACCGUGCGAUCAACAAGGCUCCCGAUGCUGAGGCCGGUCCAUCGGCCUCCGCCAUCCCCACCACCGCCUCGGGCCUGACGAUUGACGAUGUCCUCAUCCAGCUGCGUCAUGUCAACGCUGGCGUGCGCAAGGACUCUCUCAACCAUCUCAAGGAGAUUAUUAUUGACGGUGUGAACAAGGGCGUCAAGCUGGGCGAGCGCCACGGCGAGGUGGCCAAGGUUGUCCGCGCAUGCGGUGGCAUGAUUAACGACGAGGACGGAUAUGUGCGUAGGGCUCUUCACGAGUUUCUGGCUUGGUAUCUUCCUCGUCUGCCAAAGCAGGCCCUCUCGCCAUACCUCGGUCUCCUGCAGCUCCAGAUCUCGUCGGCUCUGUCGCACAUCUUCCCUGCCAUUCGCAUCGAUGCGUGCAAGCUCGUCGAACUGCUCCUGGAGACCCACCCUGCCGACGUUGUUGGCAACUGGCCCGCCAGUGACCCCUCUUCCUCCACCAGCUCGCCAGUGAGCGCGAUUCCGACCAGCGGAUCAACGAUCUUUGAUGGUCUUCGCCUCAGUGCCGGUCUGGGAGAGGAGAAGGGCGCCAGCACACAGGCUGGUUUCCGCCUCACUCCCGCUACCAAGCUUGUUAUCCUGCGCACGAUCAAGACGUUUGUUGUCAAAGCUCUCGAAUCUACUGCCCAGCCUGGUAUCUCUCCCAAGAGGGCCGCCAAGGCCAAGCUGGGAGAGUGGACCCUCACAGAGCUCAAUGCCCUCCCCUCCGACCAGUGGUCGCUCCAGACCAGCAGCGUGUGGGGUGUUGAGUGCGAGUUUGACGGUGGAGAGAAGAUCCGCAGUGUCGACCUCGCUGUUGGUAACGGUGCCGUGGAGGAGCUUACCAAAACGUACCUUGCUCUCCACUCCCUCCUCCUUUCGACGUUCAUGGAGUCGGCUCCCUCUGCGUUCCCUCCCUCUUCUGCAUCGACCUCAGCGACAAUCGACGAGGUAUCCCUGAAUCUCUGCUCAGCCUGCACCGAGCUUGUGUGGGUCUUUGCCCGCACCUUUUUCGAGUCUUCCGACUUUGGCUCGCUGCCCGCCGCUGCCGAGUUAAAGUCGUCGUUUUCCGACUAUGUCAGGCGCAUGUCCGGCUGGUUCCCAUUCAACAAGGGGUCGCUUGCCGCCACGGACGCCAGUGCUAUCAUGUUCGAACUUUCGCUUCAUUAUGCCAAGCUGGCGGCUGUCCUGGCGCCCAAGGCGCCGGCGAUUACGCUGGCGCGCCGCAAAGACGGUUGGCGGUACCGCGUGCGCGCGAUUGAGGCGGCAUGGGCCGGGCUCAAGACCGGUAGUGGAGGCAAGGCUGCGUCCAACGACGCCGCUUUCCGAUUCGCAGCCGAGUGGAUUGAGGAAUGCUUGGAACCAAGCCCCGACGCUCUUGCUCCUCCGCUGAGCGCAUCGUCGUAUGCCGAGCUGCUGCCCGUCAUUUGGACCCUGUUCCUGCGGCCCGGCGCGUCGAUCGGCCAGGCGUUCCUCGACGCCGUCCUCCGCCAAGCUAGUUCUAGCAACAAGCGUCGCGCCUCUGACGCGUUCCUUGUCUCGCUUGUCAAUGCCCACGAAGACCGGUUCUCCACGCUGGCUUUCUUCAUCCCUGCUUCCUCACCCACGCGCGAGCUCAUCAACACUUGGCUGAGCUCAGCCCCGCGUACGCUUUGGGAGUUGGGAGCGCGUGAUCCCGAGACGUCCGAGACGCUCCUCCGUUUCCUCCUCGACAUUGGCACGCGCGGACCUACGGGCUUUGACGCACCAUACUCGCUCAUCGCCCCCGGCGUCUUUGCGGCGAUUGCUGCCAAGAUGGGCCCCUUCUUUCACCUCGCGCACCCCACCAAGGGAGCUGUGGAGGGCCCCUGGGCCAAGGUCCCGACCUCGACACAACGUCUCGCCCUCGACGUUGCGCGCGUGUGGACCCAGUUUGACGAGAGUGGACGUCUGGCCGGCGCUGUCACUCGUGCCGUCCAGGGUACCUGGGCCGAGGCUCACUGGUCAUCUCGCGCAUAG